AUGGCCUACUAUGGAAAAUGCAUUGAAACUGUCAUUGAGCAAUUGAACAAAUUUCAGCCUGAGAAGGACAGUCCUGAGCAGUUCUUGGAGGCAACGUCCACAGCCCUACAGACUCUGAGUCCCCAGAAGCAGGCAUUCAUUUUGGAGCUGCUGUCUGGGUGCCUCGAGUACCGGAAGCUGCUGGCCGUGGUGGUGGAUGCCUUCUACGUGCGGGCCGGCUGGUUGUGCCCACGGGCCGACUACAGCCUCUUUCAGGUGAUCUGCUACCUGGCCAUGUUCCAGCUGCAGGAGCUUGGCUUUCAGCUCUUCUGUGACAUCGUGAGGGCCCAGCCCGUGGACAAAAUGCACAAGUUCCUUGGGUUCUUCUUCAACCCCUUAAACCUGUGCUCAUGGAUCAAGGAUGAGUGGAGCCUCAUCUAUGAGACCGCCCAUGUGAGAGAGAACUGGAUCGACCCCCUGAUGAGAUGGCAGCCGGAGGUCCAGGAGCUGAUCCACCAGCUGGAGGAAGUGAUGGCCAAUCAUCUCCCUCUUUCAAAGACCAAGGCCAGGGUCACAGAGCCCAAGGAGUUCAACCUGACUGUCCCCCGGCCCCGCGCCAUUCCGGUCCCCGAGCCAGUUCCCGUCGUGGCCAAAUCAAAACCAGUCCCCAGGAGCACCUACCAGCCGCCCAAGGAGCAGCAGCUGUUGGAGAUGGCCAAGAGGUUUAAUCGCUGGAAGGCAGAGGAGCUGCUGCUGCAGGCGAACAUUGAGGAGAUGCGGUGUGCGGUGCCCCGGUCCCAGGGGGAGCCUCCGAUGCAGGACUCUAAGAAGAAGCUGCAGCUCCAGCUCAUGCCCCAAAUUGUGAAGACCUCAAAGCUGACCUUCUACAAGCCCAGUGAGGUCCCGGUCAAGCUGAAUACGGCUGCCAUCCUCCGAGAAGGGUCUCUGUACCAGCAGCAGGUGGAAAAAGAGCUGCAGAGGGUGGAUCAGCUUGUGGACGGGGCCGGGGACUUCUCUGAGUUCCUCAAGUGGCAGAAGAAGAUGCAGGCGAAGGACCGGGAGGAGGAGCUGACUGCAGGCGAAUGCCGGCGGCUGCUGGGGAAGCUGAGCCGCGAGGAGGCCAUCCUGGCCCGGCAGCACGUCAUGCAGGAGAACAAACAGAAGGCCAACCAGAAGAGGGAGGAGACGGCGGAGCUGCUGCAGCAGUGCGCUGAGAGGCGCCUCCAGGAGGAAAAGUCCAUGAAGGAGCUGGUGGAGCAGGUGACAGAGGCGCAGAAGAACAUCAAGCUGGUGCAGAUGAAGCUCCUGAAGGACCGGAGGCAGACAGUUCAGGAGGUGAUGGAGGAGAGCCGGGAGCUGCUGCAGCGCAGUGCAGAGACAGCCAAGGAGGAGCAGAAGCGGCGCUGUGAGCUCAUCUCCCAACUUCGAGCCCUGGAGACCCAGCCUAUGCGCAAGGGAAAGCUUGUGGACCUGACCCAGAUCCCUGGGUAUGGCCUGGAAGGGGAGAUGUCUGUGGUGGAGCUUCGAGAGCGGCUGGCCCUACUCAAGGAGAGCCAGCGGCGAGAGGAGGAAGAGAAGCGAGACCAGAUCAUCCAGGGCAAGCGCGUGAGAAGCCAGGAACUGCAGAAUAGGAUGGAGCAGAUCUCGUUGUGCCGAGCGGCCAUGGGCAGGUCUGCGGCCCUGAGGUGGGAGGAGAAGAAAGCCCGCUCUGCGGCCCCGGGGGUGUCCUUCCAGGAUGAGCGCGUGCUGGAGCUGCAGCGCAAGGUCGAGGAGAAGGUGGCGGAGCGCCGCCGCAAGCAGGCAACCCUGAAGCCGGUGCCGGUGCGGGUGCCGCAGGCGGCGGCGGCGCCGCGCCCCGCGCGCACUAAGGCAUGGGUGAGCUCUGGGAGCUCGCGGGGUGGCUGGGCGCACAGUGACGGUGGGGAGGUCAUGGACCCGGCGCAGGGGCAGUGGAGGCGACCCCAGCCCGUGCCGACCUCUCCCCGGGCGCGUCCGCAGGCGCAUCUGGAGGAACAGCACUGGCGGGAUCUGCAGCAAAGCCGCGAGCGCCGGCUGCGAGCGCUGCAGCUGAGCACCUCGGCCGCGUGCCGCCGCCAGGAGGCCGCCUGA